CCAUGCCCCAGCAGGACCCGGGGUCCCUGCCGGCCAGCGCUCGUUUCCCAGCAAAGAGGGGGAUGCCCCGGGGGGAUUAACCCUCCCGAGCCUUGCAGCGCCUGCUAGACCCCCCCGAGGGUGCGAACCGAAGCCCUCCCCCAGCUCCGGAUCUGCCCAGAGUCAAUAGGAUGAGGGGGAUCUGCUACUUUGUCAUGCUGAUCCUCACAGAAGCCAUGACAGAAGCAGUGAGUUCGGGCAGAGAUUGCCUGCAGGCCGGGGAGUCCUGCACCAAUGAUCCCAGCUGCAGCUCCAAGUUCCGGACCCUCCGGCAAUGCAUCGCGGGCAACGGCGCCAACAAACUGGGACCGGACGCCAAGAACCAGUGCCGGAGCACGGUGACGGCCCUGCUGUCCAGCCAGCUUUCCGGCUGCAAGUGUAAACGGGGCAUGAAGAAGGAGAAACAUUGCCUGAGCGUCUACUGGAGCAUUCAUCACACCCUGAUGGAAGGUAUGAAUGUGUUGGAGAGUUCUCCGUACGAGCCAUUCGUCAGGGGCUUUGACUAUGUCCGGCUGGCAUCCAUCACCGCAGGUUCCGAGAACGAGGUGACACAGGUGAACCGCUGUCUGGAUGCCGCCAAGGCCUGCAACGUGGAUGAGAUGUGCCAGCGGCUGAGGACAGAGUACGUCUCCUUCUGCAUCCGGCGCUUGGCCCGGGCUGACACCUGCAACCGCUCCAAGUGCCACAAGGCCCUGCGCAAGUUCUUUGACCGCGUGCCCCCCGAGUACACGCACGAGCUUCUCUUCUGUCCCUGUGACGACACGGCCUGCGCCGAGCGCCGCCGACAGACCAUUGUCCCCGCCUGCUCCUACGAGUCCAAGGAGAAGCCCAACUGCCUGACCCCCCUGGAUUCCUGCCGGGAGAACUAUGUCUGCAGGUCCCGCUAUGCGGAGUUUCAGUUUAACUGCCAGCCUUCCCCGCAGUCUGCUACUGGCUGCAGGAGGGAGAACUACGCUGCCUGUCUGCUGGCAUACACAGGAAUCAUAGGUAGUCCCAUCACACCUAACUACAUCGACAAUUCGACUGCCAGCAUAGCGCCGUGGUGCACCUGCAACGCCAGCGGCAACCGUCAGGAGGAAUGCGAGAGCUUUCUGCACCUCUUCACCGACAACCUCUGUCUCCAAAACGCCAUCCUGGCCUUCGGCAACGGGACGUACCUGAACGCGGCACUGGCCCCGUCCGUGCCCCCGACGACGCAGAUGUACAAGCAGGAGCGAAACGCCAACAGAGCCGCCGCCACCCUCAGAGGGAACAUCUUUGAGCAACUCCAGCCCACCAAGGGAUCUGGAGAGGAGCCGCUCCUAAGGGGCUCCACCCAACUGGCAUCUGAAACGUCUGGCUUGGCGUCAGUCUCCCGUGCUGCGGAGUGGCUGCUGAUGUGGGUUUCCAUGGCUCUUGCUGCACCACUCCUGCUUGCGAUGUGAAACAGAGCAAGCACGCAGCAGGCGGUGACUCUAUGCGCGUCUCUUUCUUUGUUUUUUGUUUUUUUUAAAAAGCACUCAUUGGGGGAGGGCGGGGCUGUAUGUGGAAAUGCGCUGCUCCCUCCCCAGCCAACAUAUUUUAUUUUGUAAAAUCGAAGGCGUCUCACCAGCUCACUCCUGGUCACUCUUCCUGCGCCUUGGCUCGCUUCCCGUCUCCAUCGCCCUGUAGUGUGUCCAUGGCGGUGCAGAGCCACAGACAGGUUCCUUCAUAGAGCCCAGCACAAGAAACCAGAGAUUCAGAGGCCCUGAGCUCUCCCGAGACAGCCGAGUCAGGAAAGACUCUUGAUGGAUGAGCUUCGGGAAGGUUUCGUGAAACGCUGGUCUACGGGGACAUGGUGGGUCUGACAAUAGGCCAUGCAACUUUCUACACAGUGACCUGAGCUGCGGCAGGCCCAACAGAACCCCCUCCCUGGCUCAGACUAAGGCCAUCUUCCACUUUGUCAGCAAGGUGUUGCCUUUGUCCAAAGAAGCCAGCAGGCGUCUCUGCAGGGUAAAGCAGAGCCAGGGUCAUGCGGUCCCUGACCUAGCUGGUUUUUCGACAUGUCUGACAGCAUCCUGUGUAACUGGCGUGUAACUCCCAGCUGAACCCUGACCCUUUCCCCUCUUCUGUAGAAAACUGUGUUCAUGUGUUACUGCUCUUCAGGAAGAAACACGCAUGUUCCAUUUUUUUUUUUUUUUGCCGGCUUUGGCAAUUCAUGGUGGCAUCCCCUUCUGAUCCCGGAACAUUCUUCACUGGCCCUGUCAAGUCUUUAGGGUAGUUUUUGUCACAUCCAAGUGUGAGGUGAGAGCAGGAUAUAUUGUCCCACACAACGCUAGUCUUUUUAUAAUCUCUUAGUAUGUGUAAGCCUCCAGGCAUGUUCGUGUCACUUGACUCAUGCUCACGUGACAGGCGAGUUGUUUGGUCUUAAAGGUUGUGUCUACACUGCAUCAAACAGCCGCAGCUGGCCCGGGUCAGCAGAAUCAGGCCGUUGGGGUUAUACAGUUACUGUGUAGAUGUCUGGGGUCUGGGACCCCAUGAGCCCUGAUGUCUACACUACAAUUUUAUAGCCCUACAGCCUGAGCCCGAAUCAGCCAGGUGUGAGUGUUUUACUGCAGUGUAGACAACCUUAGUGACACAAAUGAUGUUCAGUGGUUUACUUGGUAUCUCGUUAGUCACAGAAAUGAAAGAUGGGCUGGAAAAGGUUCGGCGAAGACCUAGCAACAAACAAACUCACCCACACGAAUGACCACGGGGGGAUACUCAAAAACCCAGCUGCCAUAUGAAACAAUCCAGGUACUAAAUGUAGCAGGGCAGGGCUUGCUCUGAUUCACAUUGUUAAAUAGCGUCGCCCUCGUUGGGCUGGCUAAGUCAAUCUCUAAAUAAUGAGAUCUGGGAAGAAGUGUUCUCUAUACUUGCUGCGUGCAGGAUUUAUUGCACCGUCUUCUAUUGGUGCAUCGGGGGCUGGGCUGCUGGGCUAUAUGGCCCAUGGGUCUGAGCUUGCAUGGCCACCCCUCCUUACUGUGGAGAUAGAUUGUAUGAUCCUGAGGUGGUGAGUGAGCCCCUAACUCCUGUUGACAUCCGUGGGGGGGUCUCUGUGCUGUAUCAGGCCCAUAGAGAAGUGGGUGAAUUGCCCCCUCAUUAAAUACUCUGCCUGGCUGCCCCACGGAGGAGCCUUUCUUGAGGGCCUCACGCACUUUGGGCCGGUGGGUUUCAGAAGCACAUUCCUUGGAUCACACGUCUCCAGCGCCACCAGCUGCCAUCUCCUGCCACGUGGAUUUGUCGGAAGGAUUUUGACAGGGCCCAGCAGUGGCAGCUGGGGAUCACGAGCACCACCCAAUGGAGUGCUGCAAGCACAAGGCCUGGGAUAGGGGUUUGGCUGCAGCCCAUUGCCCUCCUCUCCCAGUCCCCUCAGAAGUUGAUUUCUUAGCUCGAGUGCUUAAAUUGUAAAGGAAAAUUGCAACGGAAGAGAAACACAUUCCCAGGCCCUUAGUCCAGCGUGAAAUAUGACCAGUUAAUAUUUACUCUGGCGUUCUGAGCCUAGCGUAACCAAAACCCUGUUAUGUCCCCCCGCCCCCCCCCCCCCCCACCUGGGUUGCAAUGGCCAAAGCCGGACUCCUGUAGGGGCACCUUAGCACAGUAACAUCUCACUGGCCUGGUUUUACAGAGGUCUCAGCUGUCCCAGAGAUCUUCAUAAACUCAGGGCUUAUGGGCAGGGACACCAGGUUUACAUGUGAAACAACAAAGCUGGACACAGACAUAUCCUCUGCUUGGUGUCAUGCAGCCAGCCGGGAAGAGCGCAAUGGUGAACAGCAGACAAUGGCCACAGCGCAUGGUACAUUUUCAGCAGGAUGGGGUUAGUGUACACUAGCCUAGACUAUAUAGAUCCUGGUAGCACCCUAUGCAUGGGCGAGCCGGCUAAUAGUGCGUUAAAUGACAUGACUAACCGCUGUGCUAUGCACAGCAUGACCACAGCUGGCACAGCAGUGGCAGGAUUUGAACGCUGACCCCAGUGACAGCAAGACAAGGAGCUUACCUGUGUACCAGGAAGCUACCUCAUAAGAGUCCUAUAUGUGCUAUGCUCUUUACCUUUAAAUAGCUGUGGACAUUUUCUGCAGUUCUGACCAUAAUAGCCUGAGCUGCUGGCUGCCAUGCCAACCUUCUUGUGCUGAGCCAUGUGAUCACGCCUCGUUACUGGUUAGAAGGGUCAUUAAAAUGGCCACCUUCUGGGACCUUACCCCAUUGUCCCGUUCACAUCCCUGGGGCUUUUCAAAUGCCGGGUUCCCAUUUCCUUAGCUACCUGUGUUCUAAGUAAAUGAGGAUGGUUAUUUUUUUUCCUUCAGCCAGCAAUAGGAAACGUCAUUCCAGCCGUCCCCUAACGUCAGUGUGGAGACGUUUAGUCAUCACACGCUGGGCAGGGCAGAAUGAGCUAUAAUUAAGGGGGGAGUCCCUCAGCUGGUAUAAAUUGGCUGAGGGAACUGGCAUCAGCUGUCUUGUGUACCCCUGCUUAAUGCCACCUUUUUUUUUGAGCAGCAGAGGGGUCAGCUGGUGCCCAUUCUCAGCCUCCAGAAGACUGUGCUCAAUUGUUCCUUCAAAACCAGGGCUUGAAAAGCAAGCUAUCAUGUUUCACACCUCAGCCACGGUGGUUCUGCUGCAGGCACAACGGCCCUAGUUCUUGUACGCCAACUAGUUAUUGUUUUCCCCACGCCACCCUUGCAAGCGCUGCAAGGCCAAUGCAGUUCAAUGGUGGCAAAUGUGUCACCAUAAUUUUCUUCCCCUCGUGAAAGCCUCAUGUUUUAUGGAUUCCAAACAUUGGCACGUAUGGGCUGGGUUAGCCUACAAAAGGGGUCACAGAACUGCAGUGGACGUGGAUGCAAUUUGAUGCCUGGAUGAAAUGCUCAUACGGUUGUGCAGUUUGUUGGCUGUGCUGGACGAAGUCAGCAGAGCUCUGGCUGGGAGCCUAGUAGGUAUCCUACACCUAUAGGACUGGGAGUGCUUCACUCAAUUUAAAAAGUCAAAGCUUGUGGAGGCUAAGCAAUGGCCAGGUGGAGAAGAUGUUGUGGGAAGGUUUAACACAAGAGUUUAAGCCAACUUUCUCUCUCUCUCUCACACACACACAUCCAUAUCUCUUCCCUCUCCCUCCACAAAAUGGGAUAAAAAUUUUAUAUGAACAUUUCAUCCUUUUUUCCCAUCAGCAUUUGAACUUGAUUAAAAAAGAAAUUGCAAAUGUUGAAAUUUUUAAUGAAUUUUUUUUUAUCAGUUCUUAUACCCAAAUGAGAAAAUAUAAUCACUUUAGUUUGGUGUUGGGGCGGGGGGAAGGGUGGUGUCCCUUUUUGCCAUGGGCCAAAAUGUUGGGAAAAAUUUAAACUAUCAAAAUGAUUACGCUUUUCAAUCCGCUCCACUAACCAGGGCCCUUAGCAUAUCUGCUUGCACUGGAAAGGGGCUGAACCAGCCCAAUCCAUACCCCACAGACUUUCAUAAGCACAAAGCUACGUAUCUUUUAAUAAAGCAAAAUUCUGUGGCGUUACUGAGCUGGCGUUUUCUGAUGGGCCAUUGCCGGAGCGGUUUGGGAAUUCCUUACACCUUUGUAACCCAAUCACCAAACCACCAACUCUAUUGGUGAGGAAGCCGUUUCUGCGGGACGGAAUAAUCUCUGCAAUAAAAUGAGUGAGGGCAGGUGAUGCUAAGAGACUGUGUGUGUGCACUCAUGGGGGAGGAAGGGGGCCUUGAAUGGCUGAUGUUAGCGUAUACGCCGGGGAUAUAAUCUGUAAACUAAACUUCUAUAAGCAUCAGUAUUCAAACAUGUACAUGAAUAAAGCACACAUGCAUU